GUCAUGUUUUACCUGGCUGCCGCUGUGUCAGAUUUCUACAUCCCCGCCUCGGAGAUGCCUGAGCACAAGAUCCAGUCCUCGGGGGGGCCCCUGCAGAUUACAAUGAAGAUGGUGCCAAAAAUGCUGUCUCCUCUGGUCAAAGAAUGGGCCCCAGAGGCAUUCGUUAUUUCCUUUAAACUGGAGACGGAUCCCUUGGUCUUAAUAGAUAAAUCACGACAGGCUCUGGAGAAAUAUCGUCAUCAGGUGGUGGUAGCAAAUAUCCUGGAGUCGCGGCGAACCUCUGUGAUUAUUGUAACCAAAAACUCACAGACUCCCUUAUCGCUUUCUGAGGAGGAAAUAGCGCAAGGCACGGAAAUAGAGGAAAAGAUAGUGAGCUACCUUCAGGGCCAGCAUACUGCCUUUAUAGAGAAGAAAGUCUGA